AUUCAACAUGGCGUCGUCCGAUACAGGAGAUGAUUCUCUCUAUCCUAUCGCAGUUUUAAUUGAUGAGCUCAGAAAUGAAGAUGUACAGUUGAGAUUAAAUAGUAUUAAAAAAUUAUCAACAAUAGCUUUAGCUCUUGGUGAUGAAAGAACUCGAAGUGAACUCAUCCCAUUUUUGACAGAUACUAUCUAUGAUGAAGAUGAAGUUUUAUUAGCAUUAGCUGAACAACUUGGUAACUUUACUCCAUUAGUUGGUGGACCAGAACAUGUUAUUUGUCUAUUGCCACCAUUAGAGUCAUUAGCUACUGUUGAAGAAACUGUAGUGAGAGAUAAAGCUGUAGAUUCAUUAAGAUUGAUAGCAGCUCAGCAUUCACAAGCUGAUCUUGAAAAUCAUUUUGUUCCUUUAGUCAAGAGGUUGUCUUUGGGUGAUUGGUUUACAUCCAGAACCUCAGCUUGUGGUUUGUUUGCUGUAUGUUAUUCUAGAGUAUCAAAUAAUGUUAAAGCUGAACUACGCCAACAUUUCCGUAAUCUAUGUGGAGAUGAUACACCUAUGGUACGCCGGGCAGCUGCUGGAAAGCUGGGAGAGUUUGCUAAAGUGGUGGAGGUUGAUUUCCUCAAGUCUGACUUGAUACCAUUAUUUAAUGCUUUAGCUCUUGAUGAACAGGAUUCUGUAAGAUUGUUGGCAGUAGAAGCCUGUGUCAGUAUUGCUUCACUGUUACAAUCAGAAGAUGUUGAGAGUUUGGUGAUGCCUACAUUACGUAAUGCUGCCGAAGAUAAAUCAUGGCGUGUUCGCUAUAUGGUGGCUGAUAAAUUCACAGAUUUACAAAAAGCUGUGGGUCCAGAGAUUACCAAAAGUGAUCUAGUUCAGGCAUUUCAGAACUUGUUAAAAGAUUGUGAAGCUGAAGUUCGUGCUGCAGCUGCUCAUAAAAUAAAAGAUUUUUGUCAGAACUUAUCAGCGGAUGUACGUGAACAUACUAUCAUGACUGAUAUUUUACCAUGUGUUAAAGAUCUAGUUGUAGAUGUCAAUCAACAUGUUAAAUCAGCUCUAGCAUCAGUUAUUAUGGGUCUAUCACCAAUAUUGGGUAAAAAUAACACAAUUGAACAUUUGCUUCCAUUAUUUUUAAUCCAAUUAAAAGAUGAAUGUCCCGAAGUGCGGUUGAACAUAAUUAGUAAUUUGGAUUGUGUUAACGAAGUUAUUGGUAUUAAGCAAUUAUCACAAAGUUUACUACCAGCUAUUGUAGAGUUAGCUGAAGAUACCAAAUGGAGAGUAAGAUUAGCCAUUAUAGAACAUAUGCCUCUAUUAGCUGGUCAAUUGGGUAAUGAGUUUUUUGAUGAAAAACUAUGUACACUGUGUAUGACAUGGUUAGUUGAUCAUGUUUUUGCUAUACGAGAAGCUGCUACCUUAAAUUUAAAGAAAUUGGUAGAAAAAUUUGGUGUAGAAUGGGCUCAACAAACAGUCAUACCCAAAGUUGUCCAAAUGUCCCGUGAUACUAACUAUCUACAUAGAAUGACUUGUCUUUUCUGUAUUAAUUUAUUAGCUGAAGCUUGUGGUCCAGAUUUAGCAAGUAGAGUAAUGAUACCAAUGAUAACUGGUAUGGCAGGCGAUGCUGUUGCUAAUGUUAGAUUUAAUGUAGCCAAAUCUUUACAGAAAAUAGGUCCAUUACUUGAUGCUACAACAAUUGAUCAACACAUUAAGCCAUGUUUAGAUAAAUUGGCAACAGACCCUGAUAUUGAUGUUAAAUUUUUUGCUCUAGAAGCAAAAGACACUUUAAAAAUUGCAUAAGUUAAUUAUGAAGUAAUAAAUAAAUAGUGUAUUAUAAUGUGCCAGCCUGUGAAACUAGUUAUAUAUGUGGUGAACAAUGAAUUCUAGUUGGAAUAUCUAUUAUAAUAGGAACUAGAUCAAACAAUUAUUAUUUUAUUUUUCUCAGACGCUGUAUUUGUCAAAUAUACUUAAAAUUACUCUCAAUAUUGAUAUCGUUUUAUAUUGAUAGCAUUUGACUCGGUCGGCUUACUAGAUUUGAAAUUUUUAAAGGCUGAGGUUUCUCUAAAAUUAUUGAGAAAUGGAGAAUGGAAUCACAAAUUCUAUAAAGUCAAAGUAAAAAUUGUUUCAAAUUAGCUUCUCCAAAUGCUACUGUUGAGGUAAUUUUAGAGUAAUAAUAUGACAACUAUGUAUUGAUAGAUGACAUUAUGAUGUUUAUUUGACCACCUUGCAUAGUUCCUUCUCUUUCAUCUAUAUAGUUUACUUUAACUCUCACAAAUUCUUUAAGCAAUAGCCACAAGAUACUGCUCCAUCAUAUUUGUAGUAUUUCUAUAAAGUUGUAUUUGUAUGGUUUUGUCUUAAGGUAAAGGAAACACUGAAAUCUACCUUGUAUUAAAUGUUGGUAUUUGUUGAAUAUUUUCUAUCAUAAUGACAUAAAAAAAAAUCAGCAAUUGACGCAAGAUCUAAUUUAGUUUUAUUCUUAAGACAAGCAUGGUUACUUUAUAUGUUAUGCAGAAUACUGUUAAAUUAGUCUAGUUUUAUUUCAUGCCUUUGAUCAUCGUAUUAUUUUUAACAAAUGUAAGUGAAGCUUUUCCUUGUCCAGUUUUCUUGAUCUUGAUUGAAUAAAAUGUAAUGUAUUGUUAAAAUCAAAAUGUUUUCCUUUACUCUCUCAAUAGCAUAUGAAUGUUGUCUAAAUUGUACCUGAAUAGUACUGCUGUUGGUCCCUGUGGCCUAAAACGUACAUUACAGGACCAUCCAAAUGGAUGUCAUAUCCAAAAUUUUCCUUCCUAAUCUCUUUUCUGUCAUUUUGAAUUCUGUCUGCAUGUACUCUUUUUUUCAACUUGUUUUAUUGAAUGUUGAUUCCAUCAAUCCCUUAUGUUCAGAACUCACCAAUGAAGCAGCCCCUUUGUUCAUGAGACUCAUAAAGAU